CCCCGCCCCACAGUCCUGGCCAGCGUCCCGGUGCGCACGGACGUGGCUCGAGUUUCCUCCGCUCUGGGCUCCUGCUCGCUCUCCCCUCUCUCGCUCCUCCUUCUCUCCCAGUCUCCCGCUCCAACUCCACCCGGCCGGCCCCGCACGGCUCCGGGAAGCCAUGGAGGAUGUCACGCUCCAUAUCGUCGAACGGCCGUAUUCCGGAUUUCCCGAUGCCUCCUCCGAGGGCCCGGAGGCUAUCCCAGGGGAGGCACCGGCCACGGAGGAGCCGUCGGGGACUGGCUCUGACGAGCUGAUCAAGUCGGACCAGGUAAACGGUGUACUAGUGCUGAGCCUUCUGGAUAAAAUCAUCGGCGCCGUUGACCAGAUCCAGCUGACCCAAGCCCAGCUGGAGGAGCGACAGGCGGAGAUGGAGGGUGCCGUGCAGAGCAUCCAGGGCGAGCUGAGCAAGCUGGGCAAGGCUCACGCCACCACGAGCAACACGGUGAGCAAGCUGCUGGAGAAGGUGCGCAAGGUCAGCGUCAACGUGAAGACGGUGCGCGGCAGCCUGGAGCGCCAGGCCGGCCAGAUAAAGAAGCUGGAGGUCAACGAGGCGGAGCUGCUGCGCCGCCGCAACUUUAAAGUCAUGAUCUACCAGGAUGAAGUCAAGCUGCCCGCCAAACUGAGCGUCAGCAAGUCGCUGAAAGAGUCGGAGGCGCUGCCGGAGAAGGAGGGUGACGAGCUGGGCGAGGGCGAGCGGCCCGAGGAGGACGCGGCGAUCGAGCUGUCCUCCGACGAGGCGGUGGAAGUGGAGGAGGUCAUCGAGGAGUCCCGCGCCGAGCGCAUCAAGCGCAGUGGCCUGCGGCGCGUGGACGACUUCAAGAAGGCCUUCUCCAAGGAGAAGAUGGAGAAGACCAAGGUGCGCACGCGCGAGAACCUGGAGAAGACGCGCCUGAAGACCAAGGAGAACCUGGAGAAGACGCGGCACACGCUGGAGAAGCGCAUGAACAAGCUGGGCACGCGCCUGGUCCCCGUGGAGCGACGCGAGAAGCUGAAGACGUCGCGCGACAAGCUGCGCAAGUCCUUCACGCCCGACCACGUGGUGUACGCGCGCUCCAAGACCGCCGUCUACAAGGUGCCGCCCUUCACCUUUCACGUCAAGAAGAUCCGCGAGGGCGAGGUGGAGGUGCUGAAGGCCACCGAGAUGGUGGAGGUGGGCCCUGAUGACGACGAGGCUGGCGCGGAGCGCGGCGAGGCCACCGACCUGCUGCGCGGGAGCAGCCCCGACGUGCACACGCUGCUGGAGAUCACCGAAGAGUCAGACGCCGUCCUGGUGGACAAGAGCGACAGCGACUGAGCAGGACUCUCGGGGGCUCUGCCCUGGAGGCCGGCGCCUGACCCUGCCGCUCCCUGACCCCCACCCCUGCCCAGCUCCUUUCUCUUUUCAAACUUUCUAUUUCGCAUUCUCCUCAGCCCCAGUCUGGUUGAGCUUUUUCUAAGCUGAAAACACAUCCCUUGGAAGAGCACCCCAUUCAGAGCAC